AUGGAUAGCGAUGAGUAUAAAAAAGAAGUUGAAGCAAAUGUAAAGGCAGAAAAACUUUUACAGUUGCAAAACCAAACCGUACAGUAUGAAAACUUAGCACAAGAAAGUAAAAAUAACGACGCAGCCAUGCAAAAGGCAAUGAAAAGCGCAGAAUAUAUAAAAGCUAAUAAUGACUGGUUAGAUGCCCAAGCCAACGCCAAAGCAGCCCAACUUAUAGGGUCAAUAAGGACAAAAAUACAAGCGGAUGAAGACAGUUCAAAUGAAGCUUUAAUGAAUGCUGACUUUAAGAACGCCUUCGAAGCUCUUCAUAGUAAGGUGAAACUAGUGAACGACUUCUCAUCUGGAAAGAAACUGAAGUCUGAAGGUUUCGACAAAGAGUUAAGAGAAGUAGCACAAAAUAUGACGAAAAUAACAGAUGCAGCAACGAGACAGGCAGUUCAAAGUGCCUAUGACGCCGUUAGAGCAACUGUUGUGGAAAGUCAAGAAAAAGAGUUACAACAGACCAAAACAGACCUAGUAAAUGCUUUCUUAAAAACGAAAAGUCAGGUAGGACAUUAUGCUGCAGAUGGAACAUAUGUGCCAGCUGGUGGAACUUAUAUACCAGCUGGUGGAACUUAUAUACUAGCUAGUGGAACUUAUAUACCACCAAACCCUCCAAGAGAAGCACCUGCACCAGGACUACCUAAAACAUUUACAUCGUCACAUGGACACAGACACAGGCAUGCACCAAAACCAACACAACAACCAACAGUUCAAAACACUGCACCACAACCAACAGUUCAAAACACUGCACCACAACCAACAGUUCAAAACACUGCACCACAACCAACAGUUCAAAACACUGCACCACAACCAACAGUUCAAAACACUGCACAGCAACAACCACAAACAGAGCAAGGACAUAAAAGAAGUAGAGAACAAGGAAACCAAGAAUUCUUAAAAAUGCUUAAGGAAAAUUAUGGUUACCCAGAUACUCUUGACUUUAGUGACAGAUAUAAAGAAGCUAUUAGAAAGUUCAAGGAAGGAAAUACUGACCCGAACCUAUUUAGCUUUAUGGUUCAGCACCAAAUGGGAUAUAAUUUCAAACCUGGAAAAUACAAGCUCGCUAAGGGAUAUGAUUUAAUAGCAUAUCAUCCAAAUGACAUGGAUGAAUUUACUCCGAGAUAUUUGGUGUCAGAGCUAAAUGAUAAUUCAACUCUCUUCAUGAAACGCGUAAAAAAUAGAGACGGAACGAAAGAAGAAAGGUUUAUGAGUCCGGAUGA